AUGAUUGAAUUCUCCUCUGGAUUCGAACAACCAAGCCCUCCUGUGAUACAGGCUGAGUACCAGACUAACUUCAUCCAGCAUAAGUGGAAUCAAAACCUGUCGCACAUCACCACUGGCUACAUCUAUAACUCGCCGUCUCAGCAAUUUGUACGUGUUGAUGAAGCCUAUGAUGGUAGCAUGGCAUCGUCUCUCUUCAACUACGCCAAUGCUACCGAGGAAGGUUUGGUCGACAACACUUUGACCACCUUUGACCACGAUUCAAACAACUCGACUAUAUGGAGGGGAUUUGUCAACUCAAACUUCCCUUUGUUUCCCAAAGAUAUCCUAGUCAACAACAGUGCUGUCUUUGGCGGACUGGUUCGACGACAAUUCAAUGAUAACCUCGUUGCAGCUUGGAACAUCAUGUAUCAGGGAGUGAUUCCUGUCACAGUCUAUGUGAGCAAUUGCAAUGUCAUGGUUGGGUACGACUACUUCUCCACUGGACUGCGUACCAGAGUUAUCACUGAAUACUUCAAUAUUCAAACCUAG